UCCCUUCUAGUUCCUUCACGGGCGCUCUGUGGCCAACAACACCGCCAAAACAAUUGGGGAAUAUGUAAAAGGCUGUUAUUGUCAUGGAGGAGGCACCUGUUUCAACGUGGAACGGUGUCUGAGGAAUUUGUGAGAAAUGCCUGCGUCCGGGUUCACCGUCAAAUAGCUGUUUUCGUCGCAGGGCUGACCAGGAGAUGAGAUCCGCUGUCCACUGAGAGCAGACUGUAGGUGAAGCCCCUUCCUCCAACUCCAGCAUGGGGAGGAAGUGAGACAGAGGUCAAAGUUCAUACCCCCCACCCCCAUCUCUCCCCUCACCGUGCGGUGGGAUUAUGCAGCGGGAGGCUGACGGACAUGUCUGCUCUGGACGUGUGGCUGUCGCGCUCCAUCCCCAUGUGUCUGCUGCUGCAGAGCCUGGUGCUGAUGGCGCUGUGUUUCCCCCCGGCCAGCAUGUGCCCCAAGGGCUGCUCCUGCCUGCGCACGGAUGCACACCUCCACCUGCACGGCCUCAACGUCACCUGCAGCCGCUCGCGCCUCAAGGAGAUCCCCCGCGACCUCCCCGCCGAGACGGUCCUGCUGCGACUCGACCACAACCACAUCUCAGCCAUCCCCGAACGUGCGUUCGCCGGCCUGAGGCUGCUGCGCGAGCUGAACCUGUCGGGCAACGCUCUGGAGACGCUGGGCGAGGGCGCCUUCGCCGGCCUGGAGGGGGCGCUGCAGCUGCUGGACCUGUCGCAUAACCGCAUCAGCAGCGUGCACAAGGACGCCUUCUCACGGCUGAACGCACGCAUCGUCGUCGAGGACAACCCAUGGCACUGUGACUGCGCACUGCAGCAGGCCCUGGGUGGCAUGGCAGCGCAUAAUCACGAGGCCACCAGCACGCGCGUGCUCUGCCGCAGCUCCGAGCUGCGCGACCAGGACGGACAGCCGUACAUGGCGGUGGACGCCGACCUGUGCAACCUGGCCAAGAGGACCACGGACUAUGCCAUGCUGGUCACCAUGUUCGGCUGGUUUGCCAUGGUCAUCUCCUACGUGGUCUACUAUGUCCGGCAGAACCAGGAGGAUGCACGCCGGCACUUGGAGUACCUUAAGUCCCUGCCCAGCAAACCCAAGAGACCCGACGACCCUGAGGACAUCACCACAGUAGUGUGACCUCUCUAUGACCCUGAGGACAUCACAGUAGUGUGACCUCUCUAUGACCCCGAGGACAUCACCACAGUAGUGUGACCUCUCUAUGACCCCGAGGACAUCACAGUAGUGUGACCUCUCUAUGACCCCGAGGACAUCACCAUGGUAGUGUUGCCUCUCUAUGACCCAACUGCGGUAGUGUAACUACGUCACGUUACAGCACACAUCACAGACGUACUGUAUCAGCGGAUGUUGUGUGUG